GUCACACUCUCUCCAUUUUAAGGGCUUUAUUGGCAUGGGAAAUAUAUGUUAACAUUGCCAUAGCAAGUGAAGUAGAUAAUAGACAAAGAUGAAAUAAACAAUAUAACAUAUCUGUCUCUCGUUCUCGCUGUCUAUCUUGCUCUCAUUGUCUAUCUCUCUUUGUCUGUCUAACUCUCUGUCUCUGUGUUUUAAGAGCACAUGUUAUUGCAGUUUUUCAGAGUUGGAACAGAUGUCGGGUAUUGUAAAUACAGGUGCAAAGAGUGUUCCGGAAGCCCAUCGGAGUAAUGAAAAUGUUCCUGUUUUUUGAUGGUGUAAUGCCAAAAGUAUUUCACAAUUCAUUUGAGGACAAUGUCGCUUGAGACACACACAGCUCUGCCGACAAGUGCCUGGGGGUGGGGGAGUGGUGUUAAGUAGGCUACUUCUGGAGGGUGUUUCCUGUCUAAAGGAAGUGUGGAACGUGUUGUAGGAGUGCAGAUGUUGCAGGACACUUACAUCUCUAGUUACAUAAAUGACUUACUGUUGUUGUUAUCCUAUCAAGACAAAUAUGGUCUAUAAGACGCCCUUGAGGUCAGCAGGGGGAACCUAACUUCACCUCUACUAGACUUCUGUCAGUUUCCUCUGCCUGUCUGAAAAUGGUAGGCUUUAACUGCCCAAAUUCAUCCACGGUAGUUAUUUUUGAAUGGUGUUAGUUGUAUUAGAAUGCACCAAUGUCUUCGAUAUAUUUACCUUGUGGUCUGUGGACGUGGCUCACAUUCUAUUGGAGGAUAAUGUUGUUUUUACUCAAGGUUUUUAUUUUUAUACUCAGGGCCAGGGUGAGACCAGGGCUGCUAGAGUUGACUCUUAAUAAAAGGCCUUGAGUCGGGGAGGGCGUGUUUUGGGGCCAGAUAAUUGCGAACAUCCCUUCUUCUUACCAGGCCACAGCCCUCAUGUUCACCUUGUCUGCUCUUCCUCCCCAAGCCAAUAUUAGCAAUGAUAAAAAGUCAUUGCCGUCCCAUACCUAUUUUGGGUCCAGUUGCAUUUAUUGCAAAUGCGCAUUCUUGGAAGUGGAGGGGCCCCCAUUCUCAUUUCCCCACUGAUUGCUGGUGAAUUUGAAGCAUUCAGCAAAGAACAAGUGGGGAAAAAAGUGUCCACAAGGUUCAAAUUAAACUCUGUUGUGUUGCUUAUUUUUUCACUCCUAACAGGGCAUCGUAUGUUUUCCUAACUAAACCAAAUGUGUGCUGGGGUUGAGCCUUGCCAGAGGAUAGAAUCCCUGAAGCGAAAAAUGCUUGAGGCACAUUGUUGAAUUACAUUUAUUUAGCCUUUUGGCUAUCCAGAUUCCAGGCUGGAUACCUCAUUAAUCAGGCUCAUGAAUAUACUUGUAACUAAGCAUUUGCUAGGGAUGUGUUUGUCUUUCCUUUGGUGUAUUUGUUUAGUAGGUUAUUCCUCAACCACUGUAGCAUGUUGUGUUCAGCGAUUUGGUGAGAGAAAUAUCAUUAGCUGGGCGAAACGUUUGUCAAUCCAGGAAGAUGUGUGCAGACCUUUCUAUCUCAUACUGUCGACAAGUUUGUGUUGAAGCACCACAGACAGAACUUUGUUUUUUUUGUACUACACACUUGAACACACCUGACAGUGAACAGUAAGGUGAGAGGGUGUGAAUGCUUUCGUGGUCACCCCACUGUGAAGUGAGCUUCUUUUUCAAAGGCAAAUAGAUGUGGCCUAACCUACAUUACCCUUUGACCAUCCCUCUAUCCCUGAUGUGGAGGCUGAGCAGUGGAGGAGAAGACGAUGAGGGGAGUUACGGGGGAAGAGUCGGCUGGGUAGCAGAUGUGGUAGCCCACAUUCCCCCCUCUCCCCAGAAAAUGUGCUUUCCUCCCCUCCUUUCUACCCUGUGCAUGGUCCCAGGCUGAGGCAGAUGUUUUUGUGCUGCUAGUCGAAGAUUCCUGGAGCUUUUAACGGAGAAGAAAAGAGACGUCCAUGUCAUCGGGCAGGGCCAGGUCAGGCUAAGUUGAUGUGAUGUGGGGGGACUCAGGGGAGAGGAGACUGUACGCAGCAAGGCCAGGGCCCGGGACCUGGAACACACUGACCUUGGCUGGCUCCUCUCCCAUACCCCCUCUCUUUGUCGCUCUGUCUCUCUCCGCAUUAAUUGUGUAUUUCUUUUUUCCUCCGUCCCUUUUUUCAGUCCUCGCAUCCUGGAACAUAUAAACAGGAUGUAGUCUUGUCUGAUCGUAAGUCCUCUCUCGUCUGCCCUGUCCCCCAGUCUACCCCAGUCCCUUGCCCCAGCCUCCAGGCUGAGUUGGAGCUAGGGCCGUCUUAACCGGAGCUUGGACUGGGCGGGAAGGAGGAGAAGGUGGGUGAUGGGUAGAGUGCUGAAAAAAACUUUUUGGGGUUCAGUGCAUCAGUUGCAAUCAUGCCUUCAGCCACCAUGUAAUUUGGUCAUCAAAUGCCUGCUAUCCUACCUGUAUGUCUCGGAAUCUAUACAACAAAUGGUUAUGAGUGGAGGCUACUCUAGUUGAGUGCAGGUUUUUUCUGCAAUGUUAUGGGGUAGGGUUCUUUAAAAGUCAGGCUGAUUUACUCCUAGCAGCAGCUUUUCAUUAGGCAUUUUCACAUUCAUAUUUGUAAAAACGAUCUAUUGCACAAAGAGUUCCACCAGCCUUAUUCAGAAUGUGCUUUGCCCUUGAUCCUUGCACAUCAUUUCACUUAUCUCAUAUUGGCUGGACUCGUGACAUUUUUAUCUAGUCUAGUCUUAAACAUAGACCGUUUAAGACAAAUUACCCACAACCCUCAGGAGGAACCCUUUCUCCUUUGUGUUAAACACGCACUGUGAGGAUCUUAUAGACUUCCUGAAAUCUUAAAGAAAAGCCAAUCCUGAAUUCAAAUCCCACAGGCAUUCUCCCUGUUCUAAUCCUGACCUGUCAAUGACACUAAUGUAGCCUAGGUGAUUGUCAAGCCCUAUUCUCGCUCCCUUCCUCCUUCUAGCCUGCUCCCUAUCUUCGUCGCCAGUGCCAAUGUGGCCUAUUCAUAAGCUAUCAUCACCCUGGCCCCUUGGAAUGCUGACUGACUGUACAAGGGCCAACUCUAUCUGUUGUUCAUGGUUUUGUGACCCUACUCUGCAAUGCCCAACACGAACUCAACAUCCUGCGCUGAUAUUGAUGCACAGAUGAAUUCAUUUGUACGGUUGUCCUUUUGUGUCCUUUUCUUCUACUCGGCAGGUAACGGAGUUGCCUCGAGUCAAGAGAGAGUUCAUCUCAAACAUAAAGCGUCAAUUAAAGUUCCUCUGCAGCUUUUCUUCUUGGCUAUGCGUGUCCAAUGUGCAAUGUUGAAUUGAAAGAGUGGAGGAGAAUAGCGUUCAUUUAGAGAUUAGGCGCUCGUCAGGGAUUCGUCAUCACGACAUGUCGGAGCGUGUGAGGUGAAAGUUCUACUGUGUGAACGUAAGUGUGUGUUUGGAGACGUGGAGCGGCUGCCAAGGAAUUAUGUGGGAAACUGUCCGUCACUGAAAGGCUUGUCGUUGGAAAAAGGAGGAAAGGGAGGCUUAGCCUAUUGUUGACAUAGAGAAAGGUGGCAAUGCUGAACAACAGUCUUGAUGUUCCCCUCAGGCCAUAACUAUCAAUGUUUCAAACAUGACUUACUGCAGCUAGGGCAUCUUUCCUCCUAGUAACUGUACACAUCAUCACAACAUCUUAGACUUGCAAAAUGUCCAUCUCUAACAAAAUCAUGUUCUUUAUCAGAAUUGUCUCUUAUUACCCACCAUGCACUAUUCUCUUUAUACCACCCCAAACCUAGAGAUUUGGAAACCUUGGUACAUCAACAAAUAUGUUGAUAUCAUUCUGGUCUUUUUACAGGGCUGAAUGCAUUGAGGAAUGCUCUCGGGCAGUGGCUCCCAGCCAUCGGACCUACAAUUAAUGGGGACAGGGACGGUCACUUUCCAGGACCUUCAGUGGGCCAUGUCGGAGGUCAAACCAGGUGCCAUGAGGCAGGUCGCCAUCGAUGUCCCCAAGGUGUGCUGGUCGGAUGUGGGAGGCAUGGAGCAGGUGAAGCCGAAACUGAAGCAGGCGGUGGAGUGGCCUCUCAGGCACCCCGAGGCCUUCACCUGCAUGGGCAUGCAGCCCCCAAAAGGAGUACUCCUCUAUGGACUCCAGGCUGCUUCAUGAUCACCAAUGUUCUGGCCAACGAGAACGGCCACAACUUGCCUUUAAGGUGAUGAUCAUUCAAAGUUUGAUUGUUGCCUGUUAUCUCCACCAGGUGGCCAAUGGUGGCCAAUGUACAGGCAGGGAAGAGUCCUUUUUAGUCUUUUCUACACCUACAGGGUUCCCUAAAUCCCACCCCUAUAAUGCAUACUUUUGUAAUGCAUCAGUUUUGCAGAUGCAUUGUGUGCUUUGCCUUCAAGCACAGUUUCUUUUGUUAUGGCUGACAUGGCAUGGACCUUUGACGUUUCCACAACUAGGGAGAUUCUACAACUAUAGAUAGUAAAACUAGUACGGCUUCUUUCCUUUUUCCAAAACAUACUGUACUUAGCUAUGGCCAGUGAUUUACCACCAGCAGCCAUUGUCUUGGCUUCACCCCAGUUAAAAAACAGGGAUGUGCCCCUGAUUAUCUCAAGGACCUCAGAAUCUUUGGCUUCUUUGGAGGCAGACCUACAGGCCUUCUCACUUGACCCCUCCGACCCCAUGUGUGUCCUUUUCAUUCAUCACCCCAUCCCGUCUUCUCUCUUCUCUCCCUCCACCCCAAUUCACAACUAUCCCCUACACCCCUCGCCCUGCUCUGUCCAGGCCCCUUGAUGGAGAUUGAUUGAUCACUUCAGUGAUUGUUAAUUGCCGAUUCUUUUGGAAAUGGUUGCAGGGUAAGAUGGGGCAGAAACUGUCAGCCGGUCUGAUUAGAUUGGGGCAGUGGUAAAAGAUAGUGGAUAGGCUGUAAUAUAACGAAGAAAGACUUACCUUUUAAAGAGUGCUUACAGUGUAAAAUUCUCUUAAAUGUUUUUCUCAUAGAUGCUAUUUGUGAAUAACGUCCAACCCAAAUUGUUCGUAUUAUGGUACACUUGAUGUUUAAGCAAA